AUCACGGAAGAUGAAGUGGACUUGGCCAUGCGGGAGGGCUGCAUUGACCGCUUGACAAUUAUCCGACGUAUGGAUAUUACCCUUCGAGGCGUCCAUGAUGUCCAAUCCAUGAUUAAGCGCGACUGUGAAGCCAGGGGUAUUGGUUACUCCAGGCCCAACUGGAAGAAGUUCUGGAAGUACUUCAAGAAAACUUGGAUCAACAAGUUCAAGCCGGAGUGGUGGAACAUUAACAGCGUGAGCGAAGACAUCGUAAAUCGGACCAACAACCCGCUUGAACGCUAUAACCGCACUCUAAUUUCGGUGUUCAAUGGUGGGCACCCAGACAUCACGCGCUUCAUCAGUGUCAUCGAGGAGCAAAGUCGCGAGAACGUGCGCCUGUUGGAUGACAUCUCCAACCGCAGAGCCCGUGCCCCCAAUCAUGCC